AAAACUGAGCAGCAUUCCCCACAUCACCACAUGAGCCUGUAGAAAACGUAAACAACCAGGCUGACAACAGAGUCGAUAAAAAAAAAACUCCCCCGUUCGUAAACAACCGAAGGACACGUGCUUAGCAGCGAAUAAAACAUUUUUAGUUGAGCGAUGCAGUGACAACGAAGAAUUUUGGUUUGACGUUCCCCAAAAAUUUCUUAACAAAAGCUUUCGUUUUGUUGCUGUGUAGAGCAGUAGGCUCCCAACAAAACAUGGGUUGCUGUCAAAAUAGAGAUCGUUGUUGCUCAAUUUGGCGAAUCGUUCAGUCCUCACUUGGAAUAUUCAUUGGCAUUUCCACUGCCUUUGUUUUUUAUCACAAUUUUCAUAAUGCACAAGCAGCUGGUUGGGCUCUUGCAUCAGGUGUGUUCGCUGCUGCUGCCCUACAUUUGGCAAUUUUGAUUCACAAGAAAACUAUAAGGAGUUGGUACUCGGUUUUACAUUUAAGAAGCAUUCAGUUGCUGGCAUUUUUAGUGACUGAUAUCAGUAUGGCAGCCUUUGUUUGGUACCUUUUCUAUGCAGCAUACUACAAAAUCCCCAUGGUUCCAGUUGACAACAGUGCUAUUGUUACUUCAGUCUGGGUGUUCAUGACAGCCAAGUGGACAUUUUUAAUUUGGUUAUUUGCCAGGCUUGGAAUCAAAGAAUUUAAUUAUGACCAUUUAUCUGAGACAGAAAACUUUUAAAUAAUUUUUGAUUAUACGUGAAGUUAAAUAAAAUUAUUAAAACGAUUAAACAGAAACACAAGUCAGUCCAAAUUAUCUUGUAUUGGAGCUUGAUUGAGGUGCAUAUACCAAAGCCCUUACACAUACAGGGAGUAAGUAAAAACGAUUCGAAUAAACCAAGUGGAAAGUUAACAAUUUACCAAUAAAGCCACCUCAAUAAUGUACAAGAUGACUAAUAAAAGUAAAAUGCACUCAGAAAAUACACGAGGGCGCUGUUUUUCAAUUAAUCAAACCAAGAUAUCAUUAUUCUUCUCCAGGAUUACCCACUCCAAUAGCAGGAAACGCGCUAAAAUUUCGUGUUAAAGGAAGAAAA